AUGUCCCAGUGGAGGCCAGUGACAAAUGGAGUCCUGCAGGAUGCACCUGUAGAGAAAGAAUUUGUCAUUAAUCCCAACGGGAAAUCUGAAGUUUGCAUACUGCAUGAAUAUGUGCAACAAGUCCUAAAGGUUUGCCCUGUUUACAAUUUUUUUGAAUGUGAGAACCCAAGUGAACCUUUUGGAGCCUCAGUGGUAAUUGGUGGAGUAAUUUACGGGGCAGGAACUGCCAGCAGCAAAAAGCUUGCCAAGAAUAAAGCUGCUCGAGCUACACUGGAAAUCCUUAUUCCCGACUUUGGGCUUCUCCUCAGAGGUUUGUUUAACAAAGGCAGUGAGGAACUUGAGUAUUUUAACCAUAUCAGUAUUGAGGACUCACAGGUACAUGAACUCACCAAUGCUGGACUCUCGUCUCCCUAUCAAAUUCUCCAUGGGUGCCUUAUAACAAACCAUGGAAUGGGUGAUACAUCCAUAAAGUUUGAAGUUAUUCCUGGUAAAAAUCAGAAGAGUGAGUAUGUCAUGACUUGUGGCAAGCACACGGUGCGAGGCUGGUGCAAAAAUAAAAGAGUGGGGAAACAAUUAGCUUCUCAGAAAAUCCUCCAGCUGCUGCAUCCACAUGUGAAAAACUGGGGCUCUCUUUUGUAUAUGCAUGGUAGAGAGAGUAGCAAGAUGGUUAAACAGGAAACCUCUGAUAAAAGUGUGAUAGAAGUUCAGCAGUAUGCCAAAAAGAACAAGCCAAAUCUGCACAUCCUCAACAAGUUACAGGAAAACAUGAAGAAACUGGCACAAGAAAGAGAGGAAACAUGAAAGAAACCCAAGAUGACAAUAGUGGAAUCCGCUCAACCUGGUAGUGAGCCUCUCUGCACUGUUGAUGUGUCAGCAGAAAGUCUACAAGUGGGACCUCGUGGUGCGACAGUAACACGUCUGACUACAGAUCAGAAGGCUGCAGAAUUUUCCUGGAUCUGGGCCUUUGACCAAUACCCUGGCAGGUUCUACAACUGA